AAAGAUUUAAAUGGGAAACUCACAACCACAGAGGAAGAAACUAGUAAUAAUCGGCGGAAGCUUCGCGGGAUUACUUAUCCUAGACAAAGUAAAAGAGGACUUUGAUAUCACUCUUAUCGAGAAGAAAGAUCAUUUUGAAUGGAUCUGAUCUUUACCUCAUUCUAUGGUUGACUUAGAUUACUUUGAAAAUGAGGCGACUGUUGACCUAAAGCAAUGCAUCUCUGUUGACCGAGUCUUUGGUCCAAACGUAGAGUAUCUUCAAGGAAUGGUCACAGAGAUAGCUGAUGAUCACUCGUUAAAGUACAAACCAACCGAAGGACUAGACUCAGACCAAGGUCUACAGGAUAUCGAAGAGGAAACUUGCCAAUUUGAUUUACUAAUUAUUUGCACUGGAUCAGUUUACAAGAUCAAUGAGAAAUCAGCAAAAGAUGCAGCAACCAUUUUCUCAAUAAAAGAGCGUACCAGGCUUAUCAAGAAAUAUCACGAUAGGAUUGACUCUGCCAAGGAAAUUCUUGUAGUUGGAGGAGGAUCUACAGGAGUAGAGUCCCUCGGAGAAAUCAUAAAUAAAUAUGGCGAUGAGAAGGAAUAUAACAUGAUCACUAACCAAGACCGACUUCUUCAUGGAUUCCCAGAAGGACUUUCAAGGAGAGCUUCUGACUAUUUUACAGGAAAGAGAACUUUCAAAGAUUUACACCUUAAUCAGUAUUUUUCUCCUGAAAAUAAUCAAUCAGAAGAUCAUAAUUUUUCACUAAUGUGUGCAGGAAUGGACUAUUACACUCCAUUUAUGAACUUUAACUUUAAAGACUGAGUAGACCAAAGAGGAAGGAUAUUUGUAAAUCAAUACUUUCAGGUGACCAACCAGGAUCCCACACAACAAGAAAUUGGCCAUCCUAAGACAUAUGAUAAUAUCUUCUGAUACGGGGAUGCUUGUCUUUCUUGAAUGCAGGAAGUUAAGAAUGUCCCUGCAAUUCGAGAAACUUCCUAUACUGUCAAAAAAAAUCUUCUUGCUAUCGCUUAUGGUGGGAAAUUAACAAAAAUGAGUUAUGCAGUAGAUCAAGUUGCAGCAGUAUACUACAGCAAGUGGAGGGGUUUCCUCGUUCUAAACGAUUUAGCAAUUCCUAAUUGCGCUACUCUCCUGGCAAAGAAAUCUAUCGAAAAAACUUUCAUGUCAAAAUUUAAGAACAAGUGCUGUGGCAAAUUCAGAUUUUGAAUUUACAAUUUCCAAGUAAACUUUUCCUCUUGAUACCUCAACACUUGUUGUUGCUGAUGCCCAUGUUCCAAGCGAAGGAGAUAUAAAGAGAGAAGAGCAGCUCUACGAGCAUUAAUAGCCCAACACAAUAGCGAAGAAGAAAAAAAUCCUUUGUUCAAAGAUGGCCAGGAAGAGAGAAUGAUUGAAUUAAAAUCUAAAUAACC